AUGUUCGCAGACGCACCGGUCGGAGAUGCGCAUCGUCGAGCGCGCACGUCCUCUUCGCACGCGGAGCUGUCGAAGGCUAAGCGCGAGCAGGCGCUGCGCAACUUGCUCGCUCGCAGACGACAGAUUCUGAACCAGCGUGUGCACGAGUCGUCGCCUCGAAUCGCGUCGAGUCGCGCGCCUCGACCCGGCGACGCCACGUCCAAGGAUCCUCCGGACAUCCUCGAGACUCAGGAGACCAGACACAGCGACUACGUGACCAGCGCGCGAACGGAAACGACCGGGGAAGAGAAAACUCCGCCGAGGAAAUCGGUCGAGAAAAUGAUCGAAACCGAGUCGCAGACUCCGAGAACGGGGUCAAAGAUCGAGGUAUCGACGAGCGAGUCUUCGACUUUGUCUCCGAUCGUCGUCUCGAACGGUCAAAAGUCCGGAGACGCGGAAACGCGCAAGAAGAACACCGUGUCGAUGCCGGAGUCGCUUUACAAUCACUUCCGACCGGUCGAGAGCAACAUCCCCGUGGAGGACAUGUCGCAGUUUCUGUACUUUGGUCAAAAGCUUCAUCCGGACGCGCACAAUAUCACCGGCAGUAACAAUUCCGUCGAGACGACGUCGAGUAUCUCGGUGCCGACCUCGUCGCGCCGACGUUACUCCGCGAAGAGAUUCAGCGCGACGAUAGCCGCGCCGGCGGAGGAGAUCGUCAACGACGAGAUGAACAUAGCGGUGGAUCGUCGCACGGUCGAGAAGAACCAGGUGUCGAGGAUCAAGAACACGUUCAGAAGCCCGGGCAACGGACUGUAUUACCGGAAGACGAGGCCCACGGCGGACGUCGCGUCCAACGUCAUCCCGAGCAACGAGUCGAGCGGCGAUCGGCGCGGCGACUCGUCCGCUCACGCGGAGACUCAGGAUCGGACUCUGCGGGAGAGAGGAGUCGCCGCCCACGUCGUCGACGCGGGCACGACGACCCAGAUAUCGCGACGGCGCGACGACGCGGAGAGUGAAACCGCCGAUGACGAAAAACUCUCGAACGAGACCGUCGCGAGCGGCGAGAGCCUUCGGAAAAUGACAAAUGACUUUGUCGAGGAAACGAAUGUCGGGAAAAAAAUCGAAGCGGACAAAGUCGUGGAUUCAAAGAGCCUGACAAAGUCGUCCGAGUCGAGACCGACGACGACGAGUGUCGAGAAGGUGAGAACGAGAUCUCGCGAGUCGAGCAUUGUCGAGACGUCGUCGUCGCCGAGACCGACGGAAUCGUCGACGACGCUGCGAAUUGUCGUCCCGGACGACAGUCCUCUGGCGCUGCCGAGUUUCGCGACCGAGAACGAUCGAACGCAUAAUACCGUUAAGCAACCGGUAUCCGCGGAUUCCGUCGCGGAUCGACGACCGGUUCGCGAUGAUAAAGCGCCGAAAUCAUCAUCGACGACGUCACUUACGACGGAACUGUCGUUGUCCGCGACGACAGGUGUCUCAAAUUGGCAGCGGCCGCAACCUCAGCAGCAACACGUGUACGCGUACACGAUAACGAACGUGACGCGAUUGUUGCGCAACUACACCGGACCUGGUAUAGAACCGGCGCGAACGCCGGCGGGACUCAGUACCGGCGCGACCGUCGAACCAGUCGCAGUCGCUGAAGCGUCGCCCACUGUUGUUGUUGACGGCCUGGUGGGGGAACGAUCGAGGAAAGUCGCUUUGCCACAGCAGCAACGGGCAAGCGGCCAACGAGCGGCAGCUGCCGCCACGAACGAUAGUGUUAUCUCACCGACUAGACCCGUCAAGUCGGCCGAGCCCGGAAGCGGGGAACCGGUCAGGUGGAACCAAGCCAAGUCACGAAGCGGCGUCGAGCAGGAGGGUGCUAAUGACCGCAGGUUUCUACGGAAGAGCGCGAGCGCGGUGCUGAAUCAGAGAUCGAACGUCAACGAAGAAUCCUCGGUGGUGAACAACAAGCGUCGCCGAGUGCUGGCACCUCAGAGCGGAUUGAAGUCCCCGAGCAGCAGGAGAUUGAAGUCCGGUGAGAAUCGAGAAAAGGACAGAGUCAAGGAAAGGGUGUCGGUGGUGAACGAGGUUCGAUCAUUGAACGGGACGGUUGGGGACCGCGGUAGGAUUAAUUCGGACAAUGAGGCACCGAGUGUCGGUUCUCUUCGGGAGGUCGCGCGUGCGGUGAACGAAGUGCCGGGUGACAGCAGUCCGUCGGAGAGCGUCGUUAUGGGGAAGUUGAGUCGAAAUUCGAGCGCCGAGACAAUGGACGAUUUGUCCGUCGACGAUGUAACGACAACGGAGACGGUGGACGUCAAGUCCGACGUUUAUGUCGCGGAGGACGUUGUCACCGCGUCAACGGUGAUGAGUGACGGGGACAAUGUUGGGACCGAGGACAAUCAGGAUGUCGCGAAGACCGACGCGAACGUGACGGACGGCGUCACCGCCGCCGCGACGACCGUGACAGUGAACGAGCAACUGGAGGAAACUGUCGCGACGACCGCGAGCGGUGCCACGCCGGCAGCACCGGUUUUUCCAGUCACUCCCAGGAUACUGACGGAAGCGGAAAGGACCACCGUCGACGGUUCGGAGACUUUCACCUUGAGGCCGACGGACGUGGCGAAAGCGCCGGAACCGAACAAUUUGGAUCCCUCCGAGAUCCAGAAGAGGUAUCGGGCCAAGGACGCGACGACAACGUCGACCACAACAACGACCACAACAGCGUCGCCAAUUCGCGAUGACACUCGUCCCGCGGACGACGCGUCUUCGGACAAAAAAUCGGAAGUUUCGCCGGUGACAGAAAACGGGAAACGCAUUUCCGGCGAGAGAUCGCCGGAAGUCAGGGCGCGUAAUUUGUCGGACAAGUCGAAAGACAAAGACGACGUGUUGCCGAUCAUGCAUCUGUACAACACGUCGGACAUCUUCAACGGCAGCGAUCGAAUGGACGGCUUUGCGCGCGGCACGGAACGGCCGCGAGUGGUGCUUCCGGUGGAGAAUCCCGUGAAGGAAGAGGACCUGAGUCCUUUAACGACGACGGAGAAGACACCCGAGCCGACUGUCGUCAGCACGACGGAAAUCGGCGGAAGCACGUCGACCACCGUUCCCGUUCUCAAGUCUAAGGAACCGACGGUGACACCAAACUCGCGCAAAAACAAACACGAGGAAAAUCGCGAGAACACCACCACCGCCGCUCCAACCACGUUCUCCAGAGGAUCUUCCUUCGCGCCCGUGGCCGCAAACAGGACCAGGUACAGGCCCGCUUAUCAUCACUCGACCCUGCCUGAGUACAACGGCACGAUAUACCAUCCCGCCGGGCCCAACAGGACGUUCUUCGAGACCGGCGGGCCGAUCUCGGUUAGUCAGCGCGAGUCGAUGAUGAACGUCAGUGAUGUGAUACUGAAGCGUCACGACGGCGACGCGAUCGCCACCCAGGAAACGGUCGCCGUGGUCACCUACAUCCUCGCAACCCUCGUCGUCUUUCCCAUCGCCGUCGGUGUUGGGCUCAUUCUCAGAAGACUGAUACUUAGGAAUCGUAAGGUGCUCGAGGAGUCGGACACGUCAUCGGAGAUAAGCUGCAGAAAGGACGCUCUCAAUCUCGAAAAUGGCGAUUUCAAAACGUCCAUCGAGAAGGCGAUCACGAAGCUACCGAGGAUACAGCACUUGUGUCACGAAGCUGAGAAACCGCCGCCUCCGCCGUCACAGGAAUCCAGAUGGGAGUUUCCCAGAGAUAAGCUUAGAUUACAAACCGUCCUCGGGCAGGGAAACUUCGGUCAGGUAUGGAAGGCCGAGGCUGACGACUUGACAGGUCAUCAAGGCACAACGCGACUGGUUGCGGUGAAAACUGUCAAGGAAGGCGCUUCCGAUCGGGAAAAAGAGGAUUUAGAUCGAGAACUCGAGAUCAUGAAGCAACUUGGCAGUCAUCCGAACGUCGUGACACUUCUUGGUUGCUGCACCGAGGAAGAGCCUCAUUAUCUCAUACUGGAGUACGUCAUGUACGGCAAGUUGCUCGCGUAUCUGCGCGAUCACCGCACCAGGCAGUACUUCUACAACUUCAGCGAGGACUCCGCGGCUCUGACGUCCAGGGACCUCACGGUUUUCGGAUACUGCGUGGCCAGGGGCAUGGAAUAUCUCGCGUCCAAAAAGAUCAUCCACCGCGACCUCGCCGCCAGAAACGUUCUCGUGGAUCACAACAAGCUUUGCAAGAUCGCGGACUUCGGCAUGUCGAGGUUCGCCAACGAGGACGGCGAGGUGAUCGAGACCAGACACGGCAGAAACGCCCUGCCGAUCCGUUGGAUGGCCCCGGAAUCGUUAAUCUACUCCCUGUUCACCACCAAGACCGACGUCUGGAGCUUCGGCAUUCUGAUGUGGGAGAUCGUCACCUUAGGUUCAACACCGUACCCGGAUAUGACGGCGCGGGAAGUCAUGCGGAACGUGCACAACGGUUAUCGACUGGAGAGGCCUUCGCACUGCCGAAGCGAGCUCUUCAGGGUGAUAUCUCGUUGCUGGCACGCCGAUCCCGAUCGCAGACCGGAAUUCCAGACUUUACGCCGGGAUCUCGCCCAGCUACUUGAGGACAACAUGAACGGCCACUACGUGGAUCUCGAGAGCUUUGCUUCCGAGUGCACCGACUGAGAGAUAGAGAGGAAAAGAGAGAGAGAGAGAGAGAGUGCAGAAGAAACUCCCGGGUUUAUUGGAUUACAUUCCCUCCCGACCGCAUCGCGGGAAAUCGAUUCGCGCGGAGAGACGCGCGUUGGCAUGCGAUGACGACGAUUCAGGAGAACAGGUCCGGAACUAUCUCGUGGGAACAGAAGAGCGAAUUGAGAUUAUCCUAUCCGGAUAAGAACUCGUUGUAUUUCCGGAAGAUGCGGAAUUGCAUUUCCUCACUACGUCUUCCGAUGGUUAUCGGACUCCUGUGAGAGUCGUCGAAAUUUCAUGCAAGCGUUAAUUCAAACGCGUUAAUCGCAAAUUGUUAAUUGUUAGGACGACGCGAAGAAUGUCGAAUCGACGUUCAGCCGAACAAUCUGUGCGCGCGAAGUAAUCCGAAAUCCGUCCGCGAAACUCGCGAGAUUCGAUUCAGCGAGUUUCUCGCAUUGCUGUGCAAUUGUCCAAGCGUCAGGAUGCGCGUUAUAAUUUAUUACGCGGGGGUACAAGUGUGCGCAUCCACAAACGCGCGAUUAAUCACGCGGAUUUUCGAUUCCGCGCCGCGGAAGCACGCGCACGGGAUGACGAUAAAACACAGGAACGCUGUAACGCGCGAUGCUGUGAUAAAUGACGGAAAUUAAAAAAAAAAAAAAAGAAAAAAAAAGAUUACGCAAUCGAAGAAUACUAAGAGACGCAACGGAAGUUUACAAAGUCCGCAAAGG